UCCCUGCUGUAUCCAGGACUUAUGUUUAGAUUCUAAUUCUGGCCAUUGUCCUGGUUUUGGAGGUUGCAGUGAUGCAAUUUCAGAUUCUGUGGGUGACAUGUACACCGGGGAGUGGGCGUGUCUGAGCACGGAGAGUAUCCUUGCUGAUUCGGUCUCCUCCGCCACUAGUUUAGCUACGAUAGACAUAAGCAGCUGUGAUGACCAAUACAAUACUCUGAUACAACAGUUGACCUUUAUGAUACCACAGAGCUUUCUGGACACGCCAAUUGAUGAAUUGUCUGUCGUCAGAGGUGCAUCGGACUAUAUUGCCCAUCUUCGACAGAUUUUGAAUAACAAAAACUCGACCGAGAGUACAUCUGAACCGGAAGUGGGGAGAGAAAGGGUGUUCGUUCCUCAGUCCGGUACAGAUCACAUGCGUUACGUUCAGACCGGAAGUGCAGUCUAUGACGAGGACACGUCAGAUGUAUGGAACCUGGAGUAUGGUGAAGAGGACGGAUGGCCCAAAUCGCCUUUCAAGUUUCCAUGUCCCGUUUUUGAAAAUCAGCUUGCAUUAACGCCCACGGCGUCCAUUCCUCACCCAGUUGCUUUAUGGCAAAACAAGUUCUCUGAUACUUAUCCCAACAAGCGACUUAUCAAUCAGAUUCAAUUGCACGAAGAACAGCAAUGUUAUCCUCAGGAAAUUUCCCAUAGAGUUAAUGACGACGGUGAAAAGAAAGAUCCAAGCACACCCCCAAGAAGACGGAUGAACUCGUACACGGUUCUAAAUGACCGUACUUUUUCAGAAACAGUCCCUUAUUCUGGGGCGAGUCAUGGUUUCACUAAUGAAAAUGUCAUCGAAAAGGACACAUUCCUCACGUCUGAUGGCAGCAAACGAGGUGAUGAUGACCAAUUCACCAGAAUCAAAGAUCCAGGACUUAGAGAAUGCCUUACCUCUGCAAUCUACAGUAGUCAUGGAAUGGCCUCCCUGGAAAAAUAUCCCGUUCUUUCAUCUCUUCUGGAUGAAACAGGUACCCGUAACACUGAAUGCAGCUGCAAACAUGGCACUGCCACCACUCUUGGAUCCACCGUCAGAAAACAUGCAGUAAGCUGGGUAAACUCUGAAUCAUUAGUCUCGUCAGUGAAUUGUUUUGAUGGAUGGCGAUUUUCAGGGAAGGAUGAUGAAGUUGAAGAUGAUGACGAUGACGUAUUUUUCCCGUCAAAUCAAACCGAACCUGAUUCUACCACUGAUAGACAUUGCAAAGAUAAAGGCAGAGGUACAGGUCUACGAAGACCCAAAAAUGGAUUUAUACGAUUUUCUGUGGAGUAUCGAAAGCGUUUGGCCAAACAACACCCGAAACUGGACAACCGAGAAGUGUCCAAAAUGUUGGGCGCUAAAUGGCGCAGGAUGAGUCACGAAGAAAAAAUACCAUACGAGAUGGAAUUCCGAAAAGAUAUAAUGGAACUUCGCUCAAAACACCCCGAGUGGCGGUAUGCACCUCUGAAACAAAUGGAGACUGAACACAUAGAACCCAUGCCGAGCCGCUUAAGACCUCGGGAUAAACUGAAAAAGAAGUUUCUACCAACCAUUAUCAAGUAUGGUCCAGCAAUCUCGGAGAGGAAGCAGUCUCGUGUUCCGCGCAAGAAGCGCGGGAAAAUGGCGCAGUACAGUACGUACAACUCCUUCGCCUGGUUCCAGUGCAAACUCUGCUAUCGGUGGAGAUAUGUGCCCUGCAUUGAUGAUGGGAAUUUGCCUCUAUAUCAGUCUAUGUGGUUUUGUCACAUGAAUCCAGAUCCCACGUGCAACUCUUGUUUUGCUGAGGGUGGGUUGUCCAUAAACCACACGGAAAUGACGUCAUCAGUGGCUAGGGUUUAUCAGACCGGUCCACAGAAUACCAUGUCUGUCUUUACGUCCAGUCCUAUGACCCUGCUGGAAGGAGAUUUUGGAACAGAUUUUAGAUAGAAUAAGUGAGACAUUCUUAUGGAUUGUACUACACUAUUUCGUCAUGAUUGAUGAAUGUUGAAUGUUAUCUUUCUGUGUUCUCUUGAAAUGUAUAUAUGGUAAUAUGGAUUGGAUAAACUCAAACAGAAGUAACAACAACUUUAAAAUUGUUUUGAAUGAGUAUACCUUUAGGGAAUAAAGGACA